GACUGCGUGAGUCACCAUUGUUCCAUUCACAUGAUAGAUUCGCCCGCAUUUUCUAGGAAGUCAUGCCUAAUGUUCCUCUUACACAGCUAACGCCCCCCUCAUACACUCAACACUCCCGCGGAUUCAACAUCCAAGAAAAAUCAGUCAACUACGGACACAAUAUGUCCGCGAUGUCGUCGACUCAACAGGCAAACCCGGCGCAUCACCCACCUCAAACAUCCCCAGAUAAAUCCUACUGGAUUUGCUGCCGCAGCAUCCAAGGCCAAACCCAAGCCGGUCAGGCUACUGAAUCCCGUUGCCAUACGUACAACCCCUCAAUCGCAACUUCUUGCACGAGAUGUCACCAUGCGAAAUGCUUCGCAUGUUUUGAAAGAGAGAGCUCUGAUUCCAUGGCUAUGCCGUGGAAGCAUCCCUGAAUGCACUUCGAGUUCACUUCAGGUUUGGCCUUGCUUUGGGAAGAUUGAUGCUCUUAGAGGUCAAUGAUAAUUGGGAAUUGAUUUCGGGGAGUUGAUGAUUCUUGGGAGGUUGUUGCUCUCGAGGAAUUGGUGAUCUCAGGGAAUUAAUUCUUGGAAAAGCAGAGCUAGGUUGUGAUUCAGUUGUUGCCCUUCAAUGGAUUUCGGGAUUUCGGGUUGCAUUCAGAAAUUGUUCGGGCAGGUCCUUUGAAUGCGAUCAUAUCCUAAUGUUGUUUAUUGCACUUGAUCUUCAAGACCCAUCCACGGAGACCAUACAUAGAGCCUGUGUAACUAUUCGUGUCUCACCU